AGUCGGGCGAAAGGUUCAUCACUAACCACCAAAUGAUGACACCCAAGAUCUCAUCCAGCUCGCCAAAGAGACGUCACCAGUUUGCCAGCAAAUAAUUGUCACGUUUUAGCUUCUCGCGCGAUGGCAAUUUUGACGUCGGCCUCAGUGGAAAAUGGCACAAACGCCAGCAGCACGAGUGUGCCUUGGCUGUACGACCUCACGGUGGAUGACACCACGUUCGUCAUGACCUCAUCCUUCAUUAUAUUCACCAUGCAAACAGGCUUCGGUCUUCUGGAAUCAGGCUGCGUGUCGUUGAAAAACGAGGUCAACAUCAUGAUGAAAAACGUGGUGGACGUUGUUUUUGGCGGCCUGACCUACUGGGCUUUUGGCUUCGGAUUGAGUUUCGGCCGCAGCCACAUGAGUUUGCCUUUCAUCGGCAUCGGCGACUUUCUGGUCGACCCAGGAACGGGCGACCACAUGGGUCCCGUCUUCGCCGCCUUCCUAUUCCAGCUCUCGUUUGCAACGACGGCCACCACCAUUGUGUCUGGCGCCAUGGCAGAGAGGUGCAAUUUCAAGGCGUAUUGCCUCUUUUCAAUGCUGAACACCGUGGUGUACUGCAUACCUGCUGGAUGGGUGUGGGGCGAGCAUGGCUUUCUUUACAAAUUGGGCGUCGUGGAUAUUGCAGGCUCGGGACCGGUGCACCUGGUCGGCGGAACGUCUGCUCUCGUCGCAACGGCGAUGCUCGGUCCGCGUCUGGGACGCUAUGACAACGGCCUUGACCCAAUGCCCCUUGGGAGCCCAACCAACGCACUCAUGGGACUCUUCAUGCUCUGGUGGGGGUGGCUGGCGUUUAAUUCCGGCAGCACAUUCGGCAUUAGCGGCCACAAGUGGAAGUACUCGGCGAGGGCGGCCGUGGUUACAAUGAACUCGUCGUUCGGCGGCGGCUUCGUCGGUUUAGUGCACUCGUACUUCCUGCGAAAGGGCACUUUCGACAUCAUGGACCUCAUCAAUGGUGUGCUCGGGUCGCUCGUGUCAGUAACAGCUGGCUGCUACUUGUACCGGCCGUGGGAGGCAGUGGUAGUUGGCGCCAUCGGCGGCGCCAUUGCUUGUCUGAUGAUGCCUCUGUGGGAUCGGAUGAGGAUUGACGACCCCGUCGGGGCCACCUCUGUGCACGGCUGCGCCGGCUUGUGGGGUGUUCUGGCAGUUGGCAUCUUCGCACUCGACCCCAAACUGUUGAACACCACAAGGGGCAGAUCUGGCGUUCUUCACGGAGGUGGUUGGUACUUGCUGAGCGUUCAAGCUUUGGCCGCUUUAUGCUACAUAACCUGGUCAGCGACCGUGACUUUUAUAAUUCUUUGGAUUGUCAACAAAAUCAUUCCCUUGAGGAUGAAAGCACACGAUGAACUGCUCGGUGCAGACCUUACGGAACAUCUAAUUCGCCACCAGGGGGUUGGCGUUUCAAGAGUGCUGUCAGCCCUCAUCAAUCAACAGAACAAUGAACACCAGAUCGUCAGUUUGCAGAAUAUUACAGUCGUUGGCCGCAAUACAGUAGAAGACCAGAUUGGUGAGCACAACAGCACUCCUUUCUCUGCUGAGGACAUUCAAGAGCAAAGCUGUUGCAGUUGCUUGAAUGCAGGAAGCUCCACACCUGAAACACUCAGUCUGCGGUUUGAACUGCGUUUAAUGGUAGCAAGGCCACGAGGAAUAUCUGGAGAAACUUGUUGCAUCCCUACAGGGACGCAGCACAGGUCGAAGCAGGGGGCUGGAGCAGCAUGCGGGCCGCCAGGUGGGGCUGCUAAGCCGGAUACGCCCAGCGCCAGCCCCCGCCACGCGAGCGGCUCCCCCGGGGGCCGACAGUUCGGGGGCGUGGCUCACGUUGCCCCCUGCACAAUCGUGCCAACCCCCCUCUGCCGAACCUCCGAGGGCCACAUCUGCCAGGGCGCGGCGUCGGAUGCUGGGGGGAGCGGGAGCCGGUCUGCUGCCAAGCUCUCGCAGGCACAGCAGCAUAGUUCAUUAGCCCUGCAGCCAGCCAAAGAGGUGCAGGUCCCUGUUGAGUUUGGCUUCUGCUUGAGGAAAGUUCAGCACUCCAAAAGCUAUCCGCAAAUAUCUGUGUGAGCAACGCCAAGAAAUAAAAAUGUAUACGAAAUGCAUGCGUCUUUGAUCAAUGUGUGUUCUUAAUGUAUGGUUAAUUUUUA